AUGGAGAGAUUCUUUAAACGAACAUCAAAUGAGUUAUCAUCACCCCUCAUAGAGAGUGAAAGAUCAAAACAGAGUCGGGUAGAAAUUGAUUUGGUUAAUCUUCCUUCUGAUCCUGGAGAAAGAACUAAAAUUUCAGAUUAUCAUCCCAAUCUUAGGGAUCAAAUUAGAAGAGAGUAUCUGCUAAGAGGUCCUUGUCAGCCUAGAAAUCAUCAAUUUGUCCAAACACAGUGUGGAGAAGGGAAACGAAGGUUUGUCUCUGAUUGGUUUAAUGACUUCCCUAAUUGGUUAGAAUAUAGCGUAGCCAAAGAGGCUGCAUUUUGUUUGUGCUACUAUCUGUUCAAAUCAAAUGCUGGUGAGCAAGGAGGAGGUGAUUGUUUUACUUGUAUUGGUUUUCGAAAUUGGAAGAAAAAAGAAAGAUUGCAUGAUCAUGUAGGGAAGCAGAAUAGUGUCCAUAAUCAAAACCUGCAAAAAUGUGAAGCUUUGAUGAAUGAAAAGCAGCAUAUUCGAAACAUUAUUGAUCAGAAUGUACAUCAAUCCCGAAUAGAUUAUCGAGUUCGACUAGAAGCUUCAGUUGAUUGCAUUCGGUUUCUUCUAAGACAAGGCCUUGCCUUUCGUGGUCGUGACGAGUCAGAGAACUCAAGCAAUCAAGGUAACUUUCUUCAGCUUUUGCAAUUUCUCGUUGAUCACAAUGAUGAAGUGAGAGCUGUUGCAUUGAAGAAUGCUCCUGAAAAUCUUAGAUUGACAUCACCUAGGAUUCAAAAGGACAUUGUUAAUGCUGCUGCUGUUGAAACUACAAAUGUUAUUAUGAGAAACAUGAGUGAUGCCUUUUUUUCUAUCCUAGUUGAUGAAUCUAGGGAUGUAUCUGUGAAGGAGCAAAUGGCUGUUACCUUUCGUUAUGUGGAUAAAAAUGGGUGUGUGAUUGAAUCCUUCAUAGGCAUUGAACAUGUAGCGAAUACUACUGCAAUCUCACUUAAGAAAACUAUAGAUGCACUAUUCUCUAAACAUGGAUUAAGCUUCUCUAGGCUACGUGGUCAAGGUUACGAUGGCGCCAGUAAUAUGAGUGGAGAACUUAAUGGUCUGAAGACCCUUAUUUUGAAGGAGAACUCGAGUGCUUUUUAUGUUCAUUGUUUCGCACAUCAUCUUCAAUUAGCUUUGGUCGGUGUAGCCAAGAAACAUGAAAUUGUAGGUGCUUUCUUCGCAUCAGUUGGUAGUGUUGUAAACAUUGUUGGGGCAUCUUCUAAACGUCGAGACAUUCUUCGAGAAAAGCAAGCUCUUAAAGUCAUUGAGGCACUUAAAGUUGGAGAACUUACAAGUGGACACGGACUCAAUCAAGAAACUGAAAUUAAGCGUUCAUGUGAUACGCGUUGGAGCUCACAUUAUGGUACUCUUCUAAACUUUACUGUCAUGUUUUCUUCCAUAAUUGAUGUGUUGGAUGAAAUAGCAUUUGAUAAAGUGAGUUCUGAUCAGAAGCAUGAAGCUUUUAUUUCUUUGAAGUUGCUGCAAUCAUUUGAUUUCAUAUUCAGUCUGCAUUUGAUGAGAAUUAUACUUGGAAUCACUCAUGAGUUAUCACAAGCACUACAAAAACAUGAUCAGGACAUAUUGAAUGCUAUGGAUUUAGUGAAAGUGUGCAAGAGAAAAUUGCAGACUUUUAGGGAGAGUGGAUGGCUUUCUUUGUUUGAGCAGGUUGUUCUAUUUUGUGGAAAAGAGAAUAUUAGUGUUCCAAACAUGGAUGAUCAAUAUGUAUGUCCAGGAAAAUCAAGGCGUAGAGCUCCUGAAAUGACAAAUAUGCAUUACUAUCGCUUUGACUUCUUUUGUGCAGUAAUUGAUUUCCAACUUCAGGAGCUACAUAACCGUUUCAAUGAGGCUACUACUGAACUUCUCCUUUGUUUGGCAGCUCUAAGUCCUAAUUAUUCAUUUUCAGCUUAUAAUAAGCAAAGUUUGAUGCGUCUUGCUGAGCUUUAUCCUCGUGAUUUUUCUGCAUCAGAGUUGUUGUUGCUAGAAUGUCAGUUAGAGACUUAUAUUGAUGAUAUGCAAUCUAACAACAACUCCCAAGAAUUGCAAGGGAUUGCUGAUCUUGCAAAGAAAUUAGUUAAGACAAGAAAGCACAAGACGUAUCCUUAUGUUUAUUUGCUGAUCGAUCACUUUGGCUCUAGUACUUCCUGUUGCAACAGCCUCUGUUGA